UCCCAGGAGGUGACUCAGUCAGCUAUGUGUGGCCUCGGUGCUUUUUCUCUGCAUUGUGUUUGUCAGGGAUAUCUGGGACAGAAAGAAUAGUUUCCGCUGCUCUGGCAGCCAGAGCCUGGAGUGCCCGUCUCUAAGCUGGCCUGCGCCUUGCCACCGGAAGAUGUAAUAUAAAGUAGCUGCUUGACCCCAAAGUAGCAUUCAGAGGACACAUAAAGAAGCUCCAUUAAUUCAAACAUGUAGAUAUUGUAGAGAUCCAGAGGGCCAGAGUCUGUCAUUUGUUUAAAGUUACCUGUUUCUAUGCUGAUCAUUAUUCCUUUUUCUAAAUAUUUGUCUGCAUGUUAUAUGUGCUUUGAAUAAGUUUUUGGGUGAAUUUCUUAAAUUCAUGAAGUAUAUAAAGUAACUUAACAGGAUAUGAGUUAUGACAUUUAGGGGUGUUGUCCUGUUGCUUCAGAACAGUGGGGUUAUCAUGUAACACACCAUGUCACGUGAUUUGACUAAAUACAGGGAAAAAAAAACCUCAACUUGGUUUCAUUGGCUCAAAUAUAGUUCAAGACAAUGGAGACAAAACUAAGAUGAGGAAGUUCUAUACAGUUUAGGAAAUAGGAGCUUUCAAAGAUAACUCACAGUGAUGUGAAACUGGCCUCCCAAACCCUGAUAAGUAAGUUAAAUAAGAGUAGGGGCCAGGAGGAGGGUUCUUUACUCUUAAAUUAAGAGAAGGGGAUCUGGAGGUGCCUGAGGUAGAGUGUUAGGUUUACAGACCUGGCCUGUGUAUGUAAGGUGGAGUGGAAGUUUGAGAAAAGUUUAAGAGAAGAAAUGGAUGUGAUCGCCUAAAUCAGCCAAAUACAGGCAACAUGGCCAAUGCCCUGGCCAGCGCCACUUGUGAGCGCUGCAGGGGCGGCUUUGCACCCGCUGAGAAGAUCGUGAACAGUAACGGGGAGCUGUACCAUGAGCAGUGUUUCGUGUGCGCUCAGUGCUUCCAGCAAUUCCCAGAAGGACUCUUCUAUGAGUUUGAAGGAAGAAAGUACUGUGAACAUGACUUUCAGAUGCUCUUUGCCCCUUGCUGUCAUCAGUGUGGUGAAUUCAUCAUUGGCCGAGUUAUCAAAGCCAUGAAUAACAGCUGGCAUCCGGAGUGCUUCCGCUGUGACCUCUGCCAGGAAGUUCUGGCAGAUAUCGGGUUUGUCAAGAAUGCUGGGAGACACCUGUGUCGCCCCUGUCAUAAUCGUGAGAAAGCCAGAGGCCUUGGGAAAUACAUCUGCCAGAAAUGCCAUGCCAUCAUCGACGAGCAGCCUCUGAUAUUCAAGAAUGACCCCUACCACCCAGAUCAUUUCAACUGCGCCAACUGCGGGAAGGAGCUGACUGCCGAUGCACGGGAACUCAAAGGGGAGCUGUACUGCCUUCCAUGCCAUGAUAAAAUGGGGGUCCCCAUCUGCGGUGCUUGCCGACGGCCCAUUGAAGGGCGCGUGGUGAAUGCCAUGGGCAAGCAGUGGCAUGUGGAGCAUUUUGUUUGUGCCAAGUGUGAGAAACCCUUCCUUGGACAUCGCCAUUAUGAGAGGAAAGGCCUGGCAUAUUGUGAAACCCACUAUAACCAGCUAUUUGGUGAUGUUUGCUUUCACUGCAAUCGUGUUAUAGAAGGUGAUGUGGUCUCUGCUCUUAAUAAGGCCUGGUGCGUGAACUGCUUUGCCUGUUCUACCUGCAACACUAAAUUAACACUCAAGGAUAAAUUUGUUGAAAUUGACCUAAAGCCAGUCUGCAAACACUGUUAUGAGAAAAUGCCAGAAGAAUUUAAGAGGCGACUUGCCAAACGGGAGAGAGAAGCAAAGGAUAAGGACAAGCAGAAAAAGAAAAAGCCAGUCUGUUUGUAAACUUUUCUAUCCCUCUGUCAUCAUUUUCACUACUUUCUCCUUUGGAAUAAGUUUGUGGAGUUUGACAUGAAGCCAGUCUGCAAGAAGUGCUAUGAGAAAUUUCCAUUGGAGCUGAAGAAAAGACUUAAGAAACUAGCUGAGACCUUAGGAAGGAAAUAAGUUCCUUUAUUUUACUUUUUCUUUUCUUUGCAAGAUAAGAGAUUACCAACAUUGCUUGUCUUGAUCUACCCAUAUUUAAAGCUAUAUCUCAAAGCAGUUGAGAGAGAAGAGGACCUAUAUGAAUUGUUUUAUGUCAUUUUUUUCAUUAAGAAAAAAAAAUUUUGUAAUCGUGUUUAAAAUACAGAUGAAGUCAGUAUUUGCCUUUGUCAACCCUUAUCCAUUUGUUGACAUGUAGACUAUUUACAAAAAACACAUGGUUAAAUGUUAGAUUUUAAUUAAGGCCCCCCAAAAUUAAAUAUAACUUUUUUUAAAUGACAGGAGUCAGCUUUUACAUGACUCAAUUGAAAAAAAAAAAAACAGUAUAAACAUUAAUUUACUUUGUAUUCAAAAGAAAAUUCCAACUGCUGUUGGGGAAGGAUACAGAGAAGAAAAAUAACCAUGCAAGAAAAACAAAAACAAGAAAAAUGAGUCUUAUACAGUCUUAGUAUAUUUAUCAAAGUAGUAGCUAUAAAGUGAAUAUAUACAUUACUAAGACAAAAAAUAAAAGUAUAAUUCAGAACUACUUGACUUUUUUUAGUUAAAUGCAGUAAUUAUUAUGCUUAGUUUUAUAAUCUGCCCUCCUUCUGAAUUUUUCCUUCAAAUGAUUACUUAACACAGUAGUUAUAGCUAGCUAGUAGGAUGUCUUUUAAAUUUUUGUGCAAAAAAGAUGUAUACCAGGUAUUUGAAAAUAUACAAUAUUGGAAAAUGAAGUAUUUUUAAUGUAUUAACAGCAACUGUCCUCCUAAGCUUAAUGUCAAGCAUGUAGUCUUAGAAUAGGGCAUGAAAUUAAAUUGUAUGUAGCUUGGAAUCUAUUGCUUCAGAAAAGUGAAUGCGUAUGUCAGUCAUAUUGCCUUCAUAACCAUGCUAGUAUCUAUGCAUUAUACAUAUUUAAACUUGCCUUGCCUUAAAAAAAAAAUACGUAAUACAUACUUAAAUCAGGAAUUCUAGCCAUCUCACAGAAUACCAACUAAAACUAAGUACAUUGAGAUCUGAGAUUGGUAAACCCAGAUUCAUUUAACACAGCUUUAAUUAAAUUUUUAAAAAGUCUAUUCUUUUUGGGGGAAACCCAUUGAAGUUAAUUUCUAUUAUCUUAUUAGAAGAGAAUGAUGUUGAUAUGUGUUUCAGAUUUUUCAUUUCAAAUCUUGUAAUUAAUUGGAUUUAUUUAAUAUAAAUAGGAGAUACAAAUAACACUCUUAAAUUGGAAGAGGGGUGUCUUGGUAUUCGUUUUAGGUCAAAAUUAGUGAUUCUAUUUUUAUCAAAAGUUUUAUCCUGAAGUUUCUGGACCACUUUUCCUUAAUAAACUUGUUAAUGGAAAGCGAGCUUUAUGAACAUUUUAAAAAUGUUGCUGCUGCUUUCUUACUUAAAAAGAAAGUUGCCAAGAUAGACUUCUUAGGGAGAAAAAAUUUUUUCCCCAAAAUUGCUGAAAUAUUGUUUUGCCAUUAAAAAAAAAAAAAGUCUCAGGAUAUUACCACUCUGCCAUUAAAUAUUUGUAUGCAUGCAUUAUUUUAAAAUUCUGUGCAUGUACUUUAUGGAGUACAUUCUAUUUUUGUUUUCAGACACCUUACAACCAAUUAUUUUUUUAGUAAUCUUUUAGAAUUAAAACAAUUAUAAAUGAUUUAAAAUAAUAUCACAUAGUUUAAGAUUGUAUAUGUUCAGUAGUGUCAAUCAAUCAUUGCAUUUGACAGUAAGAAUCAAAGUCUCUUCAGUGUGCCUUUGUCAGCUAAUAUGUAACCAGCAGUGAUAACCUUGGGAGUAUUUAUUAAAUAUUAUACUAUGAAUAUAGGCAGAAUAGGACAGAGUUUGCAAUAGAGAGUCUUGAUGCUAAAUUCUCAUAUACCUCUACAUGAGAAAUAUGGAGCAGAAAAACAAGCGUUUGCAUAUAUUCUUCAUCACUUUGAAGAUGCAUGGCCUGAACUCGACUGCUUGUGUCUGUUUACAUAUCAGGCAUAGCCAGGCAUCUCCUGUAGCCGGAGGUUCCACCGCUGUCUUUGCUCAGUCCUCUUUUAAAAUAAGAAUUAGUAUUUUCUAGAAGCUCAACUUGCUAAGCCUCUAAUACUUCAGCGUAGUUUAUCUAGAUAACAGUACUUUCUUCCCUGAUAAAUAAUAUCAUUGGAGCCCUUACAUAUAAGGAGAAGAGGAAGAAGUUGAAAAAGUGUAAGUGGAUUAAAAAAGAAACUUGGUCUAGUUCAUAUUUUUAAUGGCGCUUUCUCUGGCUGCUGGAAAACUUAGGCCAGUAAGCGUCUCUUUGUUUAAAGUCCUACAAGGCAAUUUGAAAUAAUUCAUUGUUCAUGCCAAAAUUCUAAGUACUGUUUUUCUUAACAAGCAUAAUACGAUCAGGAAAAAUGGGUACAAGUAAAAUAUUCUUUGAAUCAUACUCAAAGCCUUAUUAACACUGCACUUGAAUAAUAGGUCAUUUUGCCUCACUCAUUUGCCAAAGUAGCCAUUUCUAAGUUAAGGACAUUUUGAGGAAGGCUGAUAGCCUUGUCGUAUUUCAUUUUAGAUUGUAAGCUCAAUGGCAGGGAUACUAAAUCGAUAAUUGUGUUUUCAUAUAGCAACCACCACAGGUUACUCUUGGUGCUUAAUAAAUGUUUAUAAUCAUUAACAAUAA